GUAACAAUUUUUUUAUUUUAUCAUGUCCAGCCAUCAUCAAAAAAAGCACACCGAAACUGGUCUCAAGAACCAAGAAAAUGAAUAUCUCGAAGAUGCAAAGAUGCAUGUGAACGAGACCGAAACUGCUUUGGACGAUAUGGAGCGAGCCUCUCAAGCCCACGAAAAGCGUACCGGCAAAAAGCUUGAAGUGAACGAGGACAAUGCUCUUCGCAGCCGUUUUAAGGAAGAAAAUCAGUGAUGUCUAUCCGCUAAAAUACCAUGUAUAAACCAGAUGAAUGUAAUAUAUUAAAAUUCUGCGUAAAACAUCAAUGUGUGUCAUCAAUCCGGGGAAAAAAAAGCGAUGGAGCCAUCAUCUGAGAUACAAAUGCAG